ACAGGCGUAAGUAACUGAUAAGUGGAUUUUUAAAGUAUGUUCUGAUUUGCGAAGAAAUCCCGUGAAAGGACAACAGCUUAUUGACACGUAACCUGCGAUCCCAAAUGCAAGAGUAUGGUGGGUCGAACAAGACUGACCACCGGGACGGUGAGCGCGGCCACCAAGAUUUUCAUCACUCCGUGAUGCAGAAAGGCAGCUAUGGAUGCUCCAACAAAGACAUGUCAGAUACAAACAUGGCGACGUAUUGCCGCGUGGCGACCGGCAUCUACGAAGCGACGGCGGCAGAGCAGCAGUACCAAAAUCAGAGAUACAACAACCCGUCGGCUCCCACUUUCAGCUCGCCUCCCAACUCCCCACUGGUGGGCUUAGUCUUCGAUCCAUCUUCGCCCAACUAUAAGAUGGACCGCAAUUCCAGUACAGAUAGACGCUCGCAUAGCACUUGGUCUCUCUCCUACCAAGAACCAAUAGGAACCGGUGCUAAGAAGAAAAUUGUCAAAAGCCAGGAUAAAAGGCAAGUCUACAGCGCCGAUCCACGUUACCACGAAAGAUUGUCCAACUUGCUAUUGAAGCUUGCACUGACGCUGAAAAUAUAG